CUUUAUCCUCUUUCUGCCCAUUGGGAAAUCCCAAUUCAAUGGAGGAUUGGAACCGCUGGCUCUCAUCCGCCGCGGCCAUCAAAUAUUCUUAUUGUUUCAGAACGAGUGUAAAGAAACGCAGAUAAUGAAGAAGCAUAGCUGUAGACAUAAUGUUAGCCCCCCCUCCUUUUAUAUGUUCGAUUUAGAGGGCAAUUUCUUUGGUAGAGGUCAAACCUUUACAGUACAGAGUAUUGUCGUUUUGGAUAUCCGAGAAUCCGACUUCAAAGAGUUUAUCUUUUUUCACUUCCUGCUUUGAAUUUUACAGCUUUGAAUAGUCAGCCAUGGUUUUCCUUCAAACCCCAGUUGCCGACAUAUAUCUUCGGAUAUACUAUUCUAGUUUUAAUGGAUAGAUAAGAUUGUUUGUUUUUUCCUUGAUGAGGAAAAAUCCCACAUUUUUGAGGGUGGAUUGUUUAUGUAUGUGAUUGUAUAAAUAUAUAUACACACAGAGUAACACAUCAGUUGGGUAAAAAUAACCCAGAUUUACUUUUGAUGUUCCAAUAUGGGUCACAAGAUUGUAGUUGCUUUGCUCUUAUUUGUGGCCAUUAUUUGUGUUUAUCAUUGCUCUGCUGAUGGAUCCCAAGAGGACGAUAGGAUUAUUGAGCUUCCCGGGCAGCCGAGGGGCGUAGACUUUGCCCAGUAUUCGGGCUAUGUUACCGUGAGCCAAGAAGCCGGGAGGGCACUGUUCUAUUGGCUGACUGAGACCCCAGCUGAGCUUGAUCCGAGAUUGAAGCCGUUGCUUUUGUGGCUUACCGGUGGACCCGGAUGCUCGUCCGUUGCAUUUGGAGCGGCUGCACUUCUGGGCCCUUUCAAAAUUAAGCCCGACGGGAAGACACUUUACUUGAAUCCAUAUGCUUGGAAUAAAUUGGCCAAUUUGUUGAUUCUUGAAUCCCCAGCUGGAGUAGGCUAUUCGUAUUCGAAUACAACUUCUGAUUUGUAUACCGGAGGAGACCAAAAAACUGCUGAAGACUCGUAUCAAUUUCUUGUUAGUUGGUUGGAGAAGUUCCCUCAAUACAAGCACCGGGAUUUCUAUAUUGUUGGAGAAAGUUAUGCAGGUCACUAUGUUCCUCAGCUGUCUCAAAUCAUUUAUCAAAAAAACAAAGGGGUUGAGAAUCCAGUCAUUAAUUUCAAAGGCUUCAUGGUUGGAAAUCCUGUUACUGAUGAUUAUUAUGACUUAAUCGGCACUUUCGACUCGUGGUGGACUCACGGUUUGGUCUCUGAUUCAACCUAUCAAACUCUACAAGUUGCUUGUCGUAAUGUCUCCAUUUUGCGCCUGCCACCGGAUUGCAAUAACGCAAUUAACCUAGCAAAUGAAGAGCAAGGAAACAUUGAUAUACAUAGCAUUUUCACACCAGUUUGCAAUGCUACUGUUACUACUCCAACCACUUCAAAGGGCUAUUUUAACGCAUGGAGGUCUAGAUCAUAUGAUCCUUGUACAUGGAUUUAUUCAACAAAGUACUUCAAUACUCCACAAGUUCAGAAGGCCCUUCAUGCUAAUGUAACAGGAAUACCCUAUACAUGGGAAACUUGCAGUGCUACCGUAGCAAACAAUUGGAGUGAUGCUCCAAUUAGCAUGCUUCCUAUAUAUAAGGAACUCAUUGCAGCUGGUUUUAGAAUUUGGCUAUUCAGCGGGGACACGGAUGCAGAGAUUCCUGUGGCUGCAACCAGAAAGUCGAUUAAUGCAAUGAACUUGACGACUCUAGCCAACUGGUAUGCUUGGUAUGAUGACCUUGGAGAGGUUGGGGGGUGGAGCCAAGUGUACAAAGGAUUGACGUUUGUGACGGUAAGAGGAGCGGGACAUGAAGCUGCGGUUCUUUGGCCGAGGCAAGUCUUGACACUCUUAAGGUCUUUUUUAGAGAACAAACCCAUGCCAAGGCGAGGCGGCCAGAGCCCGGCCACAAGAUAGCCAAAUUCAGUUCCCCCCUUAUGUUCAGAAUAUUCGAUCAAUAUAUAACAAACAGCAUGCAAACGAAUUGGAGAAUUGAAGAUGGUUGUUGUAAGUAAAUAAAAAUAAGAUGGUUGUGUUAUAUAUACACACAUUCUCAGCCUCACCUCUCUGAAAAUGUACUACUACCGUACUACGUACUCUAAGAGCGAAUAAUCCUCCAAAAAUAAAUUACUGUAGUAAAUUAAUGCAUGUAAUGUAAGUUUAGAGAGUAAUGUCUUUUUUCAUCAUUUGGAAAUUAGUUACUACUCAGAAUAAUCCUUCGUAAUAUGA